GUGGAUUUGAAAGCAUCAAAGUUGUUAACGGCUUUUAAAUUUGAAUUUGUUGAGGUUAAGGCUUUUAUUGUGAAAAUAUGAAUUCCUCAGGGAGUAGCGACACUUCUAGUAUGAGAGACAUGUCUUUCGAUGCGGAAUUGCAGCAGCAUGGAAAAAUCAACUACAGAAACAUUCAAAGCUUGCACGCCAUGUCAACAGAAAUUAUUAAAAAUAUAUCGCGGCAAAAUACCAAAAGUAAAAUGCAAUUCAAAAAGGAAAUCCCUGUGUCUGUGGAGGAAUUAGAAAAACAAAAGCAUGAAUUAAGGAUACUCAUUCUUGAGAACAGGAAGUACAGAGAAAACAUCUCAAAACUUCAGGGUAAUAUUGGUGAAUUGGACAAAACUAUAUUAAAGAGACAGGAGGAUGAAAAAGAGAUGUGCGAAAACCAAAAAGCAUGGAAUGAAGCUUACACAAAAGCCAAACAAACAUAUGAAGAAGCCUUCAACAUUGGAGUUGAAAUUCAGGAUUACACUGAUAAAAAGUGUUUUGGUAUUGUUAUUAUUAAGCACAAUGGAGGGGCCUAUCCAGUUGCAAUAAAUUAUGACAGAGAAACAAAUAAAGUUACAAGUUUUGAAGCAAAUUUCUUAGAGCCAAGUGUAAAGAAGGAAUUGCUGGAAAAGUAUGUUGAUAAAUGUUCAUUUUCACCCUUGUUUGUACACUUAAGGAAUAAUAUUUUAAAUAAGACAAAUGGAUAAAUUUCAGUUAGUCAGUACAAGAUAUCAAUUUAUUGGACUGACUGAAAUAAUGCAAUUUUGUACAUAUGUAAAGAAAAUAUAUUUAU